CCCCAAAGCCGUGGCCCCCGCUCACGCGUGCAGUGUUUUAAAGCAGCUCAGAACCAUGUACGAGGAAGCUCAGUUGACAGACAUUGUGGUGGAAGUGGAUCGCGGGAAAGCAUUUUCCUGCCAUAGAAACGUUCUCGCUGCCAUCAGCCCCUACUUCAGAUCCAUGUUCACUAGUGGCCUUACAGAAAGUUCUCAAAAAGAAGUUCGAAUAGUCGGUGUUGAAGCUGAAUCAAUGGAGUUAGUGUUGAAGUAUGCCUACACCUCCAGAGUUGUUCUGACAGAGGCCAAUGUUCAAGCCUUGUUUACUGCAGCUAGCAUCUUCCAGAUUCCUUCCAUCCAAGACCAGUGCGCUAAGUAUAUGAUCAGUCAUUUGGACCCACAAAAUUCUAUUGGGGUCUUCAUCUUUGCCGAUCAUUAUGGUCAUCAGGAACUCGGAUAUCGAUCAAAAGAAUACAUUCGUAAAAAGUUUCUGUGUGUCACCAAAGAACAGGAGUUUCUCCAAUUGACAAAAGACCAACUGAUAAGUAUACUAGACAGUGAUGAUUUAAACGUGGACCGAGAAGAGCAUGUUUAUGAAAGCAUUGUAAGGUGGUUCGAAUAUGAACAGAAUGAAAGAGAAGUGCACCUUCCAGAAAUUUUUGCCAAAUGCAUACGUUUUCCUCUAAUGGAAGAUACCUUUAUAGAGAAAAUUCCACCUCAGUUUGCACAGGCUAUAGCCAAAAGCUAUGUAGAGAAGGGACCAUCCAAUACUAAUGGCUGUACACAAAGACUUGGAAUGACUGCAUCUGAAAUGAUCAUAUGUUUUGAUGCUGCCCACAAACACUCAGGAAAGAAGCAAACAGUGCCUUGUCUAGAUAUAGUCACAGGAAGAGUGUUUAAGUUAUGCAAGCCACCAAAUGAUCUAAGAGAAGUUGGGAUUCUCAUAUCACCAGAUAAUGACAUUUACAUUGCAGGAGGAUACCGGCCAAGCAGCAGCGAAGUAUCCAUUGACCAUAAGGCAGAAAAUGAUUUCUGGAUGUAUGACCAUUCCACCAAUAGGUGGCUAUCCAAACCAUCCUUGCUGCGAGCCAGAAUAGGCUGCAAGCUGGUGUAUUGCUGUGGUAAGAUGUAUGCCAUUGGAGGGCGUGUUUAUGAAGGUGAUGGGAGAAACUCACUAAAAUCUGUGGAGUGCUAUGACAGCAGAGAAAAUUGUUGGACAACUGUUUGCGCAAUGCCUGUUGCAAUGGAGUUCCAUAAUGCUGUGGAAUACAAAGAGAAGAUCUAUGUUUUACAGGGAGAAUUUUUCCUCUUCUAUGAGCCUCAAAAAGACUACUGGGGUUUUUUAACCCCUAUGACUGUGCCUAGAAUCCAGGGCUUAGCAGCUGUAUACAAAGACUCUAUCUACUACAUAGCUGGAACCUGUGGAAAUCAUCAACGCAUGUUUACUGUAGAAGCCUAUGACAUUGAGCUAAAUAAAUGGACUCGUAAGAAGGACUUUCCAUGUGAUGAAUCCAUCAAUCCAUACCUUAAACUGGUACUUUUCCAGAAUAAACUUCAUUUAUUUGUUCGAGCUACUCAAGUGACCGUUGAGGAACUUGUCUUCAGAACCAGCAGAAAAAAUUCUCUUUAUCAAUAUGAUGACAUCACUGACCAAUGGAUGAAAGUAUAUGAGACCCCAGAUCGGCUCUGGGACCUUGGCCGGCAUUUUGAAUGUGCUGUUGCUAAACUCUAUCCUCAGUGUCUUCAGAAAGUACUUUGAGUAGCCGGCCUUAGUGAGCUCACUGACAUCUACUGCUUGAGGAAACUUAGUCUUUCAAUGGUAGAAGAAGUGCUGUCAGUAUUUAAGAAAGCUGAGAGUUUGUGCACGGAGUGAGUGCUCUGAAAGAUUACAGUGUAGGGAGGGAUGUCUUUUCAUCCUUGUGAUGUUUUCAUUUCAGUAGCAAAAGGUAACAAAGUGCAAUUAUCAGCUUUUUUUUUCUGGUAUAAAAACAAUCAUUUUCAUUCUAGAAUUUUGUGAUAGUCUCUGAGAUACCAGAUGAAUUAAUAACUAUGCAGUCUUAUAAGAGCAAUUAGGUAUUAUUGGUUAGAGAGUCAUCCAAAAGAGUGUGUGAUGUGACUUUUUAUUUUAAAUACGGGUAAAACUCUGAGGCAAUAUCACUAGGACUUUAGCUGUGACCUCUCCAACACAGAGAAGCACUAACUUAGAUUCUCAUUUUUAAUAUAUAUAUAUACAUAUAUAUGUACAGCUUUCAAGUGUACUGAGAUUUAAAUGUGUUCUGUUAUUAGAGUAAAUCGAAGGGAAAAACAAAUCAUCUCAGAAAGAACUUUCAGUCUAAUUAUUUCAUAAUAUUAUUUCCCAUAUAGCUUUAAAUUAAGCUGAAGUUUUAAAGUAGCUGUUUUCUGUUGAUAACUUUCACGUGCUAACACUGUCUUAUUUAAAAAAUCCUGAGAAGGGUUCACAUUCACAGGUGGCUGGUGCUAGCAUAAUAAGUUCAUUCGUGUGUUUAGCUAGACGGAUUUCAAUGGUCUGAGCCUAUGCCUGCCUUUCAAGUUGGUACGAGUUCUCUGGCCAUCAUACUUUACUGUUGAAUUCUUGUGAUUUCACAAGAUUCUCUACUAACAUGAUAGCAAGAUAUGGCCAGUUAUUGGUCUAAUUCAGUCUUAGAAUAGUGAGAAGAUUGAACAUAGUUUGCACUAACACAGGCCAUUUUGUUACCUGACCUCCUUUUCCAUCCUCUACUUGUCUAGUCUUAAUCGGUACAAUGAAAGGUAACUUAUUUCUGUUCUGCACAGAGCAUAAUGUGAAGUUUUAUACCUACUUUUAAAAUUCUGUUUUACAGAAACAAAACUCGUGCAGUGGUUGAAUUUCAUGGCUUUUAAGUUACAUGUGACAAUUAAAACCUCAUUUUCUUUUUAAUUUUUGCACUUAACAGUGAUAAAUAUUUUUACAUUGAAAACUUUGCUCUAGCUGAAGGUGAUUGAGAAGGAAAGAGUGAGUGAGUAGGACCAUAGCAUUAUAGGUACUAAAUCAUGUUUCAUAUUUAACAGAUGAAUUUCUAACAAUCAGUUAGGAAUAUUCACAUAAAGGACAAACCAACUCAUUCAUAAUACCUUAGGUAGAUAUUUGGAUCGGUAACUUAUUUUUUACUAUGCCUAGAAUAAUCAGUAAAGGAUACAGGUAUAGUGCAGAGUCUGUCCUCAACUAGAAUAUUUUGAUUUUCUUUAAACAAAUUGGCAUGGUUUGUAUUAGAAACUCUUAUACAAAUUGUGAUGUGAUACUGUGAAACAAUUUUAAAACAUUGCCUCUUUGCAUCACAUACCUCGUUUUUCAGAAACUUUCCAAUCUUAGACCUCUACUGUAGGAAAUGUUUUCUGAAGAAGAAUUCAAAGUAGACAGGAUUUAUAGAAUAAACAUUUUAAAAUCUAGCCUUGUGAAGCUAGAUAUGUGGUUCUUUUUCUUACUGGCCUUGAGAAUGUAUAUAUAAUCUCUUUAU